CCUCCUCCUCCUCCUCGUCUUGCUCCCAGCUCCCUCUGAGCCCCAGAGAGAGAGGCCACUCCAGGCGAGGGCUGCUGGCACCGAGGGGGCGACCUGGAGCACAGGGUUUCCAGAGAAGUACUCACAGGGGCUUAACUUAGCACUGACAUGCCACCUCCAGCAGAAAGAGGCCUGGCCCAUACCCCUCCAGAUGGAGGAUGGGGAUGGGCGGUACUGAUUGGAGCAUUCGUAUCUAUUGGAUUUUCUUAUGCUUUCCCUAAAAGCAUAGCAAUCUUCUUCAAAGAAAUCCAGGAUUUCUUUGACACAUCGUACAGUGACAUUGCAUGGGUGUCUUCAAUUAUGUUGGCUGCUACCUAUGGUGGAGGCCCGGUUAGCAGUAUCUUGGUGAACCGUUUUGGCAGCCGACCGGUGGUCAUAUUUGGAGGUCUGCUAUGUGGCAUCGGGAUGGUCUCUGCAGCUUUCUGCACAAGCAUUUUUCAGUUGUACAUCUGUGCUGGACUCAUCACAGGAUUUGGCCUUGCCCUCAACCUCCAGCCUUCAGUGAUCAUAAUUGGAAAGUAUUUCCUGAAAAGGCGCCCAAUAGCCAAUGGACUCGCCAUGGCAGGAAGCCCUGUCAUGCUCUGCACCCUGGCACCCUUGAACCAACUCCUUUUUGACAACUUUGGAUGGAGGGGAAGCUUUUUAAUUCUUGGGGCAAUCCUCCUAAACUGCUGUGUGGCUGGAGCACUUUUCAGGCCCAUUGGACCUCCAGCUGGACCCUUCAAAGGACAAACAAAUAAGCAAGCUACAGAGACUCUUAAACAGGAACAGCCUGAUAUCGGCGUUGUCGAAAUGGCUGAUCCCGGAGAGAAAGGGAACAAGGACAAAGACUACUGUGAGAACUUUAACAGAUUCCUAGAUUUAUCUCUUUUCAAACACAGGGGCUUUCUGAUCUAUUUGAUAGGGAAUGUGCUCAUGUUUCUAGGCUUUUUUGCCCCCAUUGUCUUUUUGGCUCCUUAUGCAAAGCACCUCGGGAUUGAUGAAUAUUCAGCAGCUUCCCUCCUUUCCUUUCUUGCCAUUGUUGACAUGAUAGCCAGACCUGCUACUGGGCUCAUUGCUAACAGCAAACUGGUCAGGCCAAAGAUUCAGUAUUUUUUCAGCUUCUCCAUUGUUUUUAAUGGUGCCUGUCACCUCCUGUGUCCUCUGGCCACAGGCUAUAUAGGCCUAGUGGUGUAUUCUGCCUUUUUUGGACUCGCCUUUGGCAUGGUUUGUGCAGUGCUUUUUGAAACUCUCAUGGACCUUGUUGGCGCCAGCCGCUUUACAAGUGCUGUAGGACUGGUCACAAUUGUGGAAUGUUUCACCAUAUUACUUGGACCACCCAUUGGAGGAACUAUUAUCGACACAUCUGGUGAUUACAAGUACAUGUUCAUUAAAUGUGGGUCAGUGAUGGUCUUGGCUGGGAUAUUCCUCUUCAUUAUGAAUUACUACAACUACCGAAUGCUUGCAAAAGAAGACAAGGCAAGGAAAAAGCAAGAGGCAGAAAAGAUUGAUGACGGACCUAUAAGGAAUCACAACUUUCCUAAGGAAAAGGAAACUUCAGAGGUGGAAAAGACGCAGGAUGGCUAUGAAAUAGUCCCUUUGAGAAGUGAGGAGAAAGAACUAAAGAAUGGAGCAAAGAUAACAAGUGAAGCCUAACUCUGUAAACAAGACUGCCAGAAUGGGAAAUGGCUCCUGCACAUUUCUUAAAAUGUUUGAAAAUAUGUAGUAUAGGUUGAGUCUCCUUUAUCUGAAAUGCUUGGGACCAGAAGUGUUUUGGAUUUAAAAAAAAAUUUUUUUUGGAAUACUUGUAUUUGCAUAUACAUAAUGAG